AUGACGCAAGAAUCCCCCAUCAGUUUUGGCGUGCUCCUUCUCAGUGAUUACCAAGUCCUUGACUCAAUUGGACCCAUAGACCUCAUCUAUAACAUCACUUCAUCCUUUGUCACUGCUGCGUGCCCCUCUCCCGCAAUCGCUGCGAAAGCUCCACACAUCACCUUUCACUUCAUCUCUCACAGCCUCUCUCCAAUGCAACCCGCAGGUGGGCCUCUCCAGACCCCGACCUGCACCUAUACAACCUGUCCCAAACUCGAUUACCUUCUUAUUCCCGGCCAGGACCCCAUUGCCCCGCUUGAACCUGGAGUGAAAGAAUUUUUGCUGGAGCGAUACGAUGAGGUUGAGAGUGUCUUGACGGUGUGCACGGGAUCGCUGGUAUUAGCAAAGGCCGGGUUGCUGGAGGGUCGAUCUGCCAUGACAAACAGGGUUUCUUUAGCGAUGAUGGCGAGGUUGGGCGUUGUGCCAAAGGGAGUAAAAUGGCAGCUAAAAGGACGGUGGACAGUGGAUGGAAAGGUGUGGAGUAGUGCUGGCAUUACGGCGGGAAUGGAUAUGACGGCCGAGUGGAUGCUGGAGAGAUUUGAUAGGGAGGUUGUCGAGUGGUCAUGGGAGUUGGGGGAGUUUGAGCCAAGACCGAAGGAGUGGGCAAAGUUUGAUUAUAUCCUGGAGGGGAUAGAGCUGUAA